UGCUUACAACAAAAAAAAAAACGACAGAAGGGAUAGGGGAAAAAAAUGGUGAGCUCCGGCGCAACAUUGCCGAUCACCGACCCGGUUCCGUACACUCCGUUACCCGACGGGUCAGGAUCCGACCCGGAUCCGGAUCCGUCCCGCCGUCGGCGGCCCAUAUUCGGACCACUCGCCGUGUCCUCCGGCCUCUUCUUGAUCGCUUUGUACGCAGCUCUCAUCGCCACUCACGACGGGUCCUCGCCUCGGGCUGUCGUCAUCGACGCGGGAAAUGCGACCGUCGCGGCGAAGACACGUGAACGUAUCGCCGGAGUCUCGGAGAAGAGCGGCGAACGGUGGAGAUUCUCCGGCAUCCGGAACGGAGAUCCGGCGAUGGCGGAGUUCCCAUGGGACAACAGCAUGCUGACGUGGCAGAGGACGGCCUUCCAUUUUCAGCCCGAGAAGAAUUGGAUGAACGAUCCUAAUGGGCCAUUGUUCUACAAGGGAUGGUACCAUUUAUUCUACCAAUAUAACCCAAAGGGAGCCGCGUGGGGAGACAUUAUUGUUUGGGGCCAUGCCGUCUCAGAGGACCUGAUCCAUUGGCUCCAUCUUCCCUUAGCCAUGGUCCCUGAUCAAUGGUACGAUGCCAAUGGCGUCUGGACCGGCUCUGCCACCACUCUCGACGAUGGCUCAGUCGUCAUGCUCUACACCGGUUCCACCCAUGAGUUUGCCCAGGUUCAAAACUUGGCUUACCCUAAGGACCCAAACGACCCACUUCUUCUACAAUGGGAGAAAUAUUCCGGCAACCCUGUCCUCGUUUCUCCACCGGGGAUCCACCGCAAAGACUUCCGAGAUCCGACCACCGCAUGGCGUACUUCCGCUGGAAAAUGGCGUCUAACCAUCGGCUCCAAGGUCAACCGCACCGGAAUCUCCCUCCUCUACGACACAGCCGACUUCAAGACUUUCCAACAGCUCCCCUCGUUGUUGCACCAAGUUCCGGACACCGGCAUGUGGGAGUGCGUUGACUUUUUCCCUGUCUCGACGACAUCGGUCAACGGUCUCGACACAUCGGUCAACGGCCCAGAAGUCAGGCACGUCAUGAAGGCUAGUAUGGACGAAACGAGGAUCGAUUAUUACGCGAUCGGGACCUACUUUGAAGAGAACGGGACGUGGGUUCCGGACGAUGCAACGAUGGAUGUCGGGUUCGGAUUGAGGUACGAUUACGGGAAAUUCUACGCAUCGAAGACGUUUUACGAUCAGAAUAAGGGCCGGAGAAUCUUGUGGAGUUGGGUCAGCGAGUCUGAUAGCGAGUCUGCUGAUGUAAAGAAGGGUUGGUCCUCUCUUCAGAGCAUUCCAAGAACCGUAGCCCUAGACACAAAGACUGGUAAGAACCUGGUUCAAUGGCCCGUCGAAGAAAUUGAAUCUCUAAGACUGAACAGCACGGAAUUCAAGGUAGAGGUCGGACCAGGGACCAUAGUUCCGGUAGACGUGGGCCCGGCGGCUCAGCUCGACAUUGAGGCCGAGUUCGAGAUCGAGAAGGCGGCUCUUGAAAGAUUAGCCGGAGACUCAGCAGCGGCCGAGGAGGAACUCAGCUGCAGAGGAGCGGCGAGCCGUGGGGCCCUCGGACCGUUCGGGUUGUCGGUAAUCUCCGACGAGGGCUUGUCGGAGCAAACUCCGGUUUACUUCUAUGUCACUAAGGGCAAAGAUUCAAAGCUCAAGACUUUCUUCUGCACAGAUACCUCAAGGUCGUCAGUGGCAAACGAUGUCGACAAAGGCAUAUACGGUGGCUUCACACCAGUAUUCGAAGGAGAGAAAUUAACCAUGAGAAUACUGGUGGACCAUUCGAUAAUAGAAGGAUUCGGACAAGGAGGGAGAACGUGUAUCACGACAAGGGUGUAUCCGACAAAGGCGAUAUACGAAGGAGCCAAGUUGUUUUUGUUCAACAACGCCACCGGAGCUAACGUUACGGCGUCGUUUAAGGUGUGGCAGAUGAACAAUGCUUUCAUUCACUCCUCACCUGAUUACGAUCUUCCCCUAACAAAGAAUUUUACUAUUAGAGGAAUUUUUGUUUUUACCGUUCUCUCUUUUGUAUUAUAUCUCCUUUACCGUUCGUUUUGAUCCGAAUCUUGACAUAUUGUCGAGAAUUUGUUAUGUUUUUUUUUUCUUUUUAUAUUUGGAUUUUAUAAUCCAACUAAUUUGAAACUUUUUUUUGGUGUAAAUAACUAAUUUUAAACUUGAAGAUAUCUUAUAA